CUCCUGAGUGACUCCUCCUAAGAGAGAUAAUCGGCUGUGCAGCCUCUGCAGGAUCCAGCUUCCUCUCUGCCCCGGGUCUAGAGGCUCGCGGAGCUCCGGACAACUUGACUCUUGUAGCCAGACCAGAGGGAUCAGCAGCAGGAGGCUCUUAGACUCGAGACAGGGAAACACAGGCUCUUAUGAAGGUACACAAAGCAGAAGCUGCUAUGGAGAAUCACGUCACACAGAUCUCCAGAGAAGACCUGGAGGAUCUCAGAGAGGCCUUUAAUAAAAUUGAUAUUGAUAAGAGCGGCUUCGUGAGUGACUUUGAGCUUCAGGAGCUGUUCAGAGAGGCUAGUUUCUCCCUGCCGGGUUACAAGGUGCGAGAGAUCAUGGCGACCUUCAUAGCCGGAGACAGCAACAAGGACGAGAAGAUCAGCUUCGAGGAGUUUGUUUCAAUCUAUCAGGAGCUGAAGAGCAAAACGCUCAGUGAGACGUUCAGGAAAUCCAUCACGAGGAGAGACGGCAUCCGAUCCUUUGGAGGAACGUCCAGGAUUUCCAGCGAGGGAACGCAGCACUCCUACUCUGAUGAGGAGAAGGUGGCUUUCGUCAACUGGAUCAACAAAGCUUUGGCCAAAGAUGCAGACUGCGAACAUCUGCUGCCCAUGAACCCAAAUGAUGAAAGUCUCUUCACCUCCGUCUGUGAUGGCAUCGUGCUCUGCAAAAUGAUCAACCAGUCUCAGCCGGACACGAUUGACGAAAGAGUCAUCAACAAGAAGAAACUCACCACCUUCAAAAUGACCGAAAACCUGGUCCUGGCUCUGAACUCAGCGUCAGCGAUCGGUUGCACGGUGGUGAGCAUAGAUGCCCAUGAUCUGAUGGCUGGGAAACCCCAUCUGGUGCUGGGACUGCUCUGGCAGAUUAUCAAAGUUGGUCUGUUUGCUGAUAUAGAAGUCAGCAGGAACGAAGCUCUAAUUGGACUUCUGAAAGAGGGAGAAGGACUGGACCAUCUGCUGUCUAUGUCCCCCGAGGACCUGCUGCUUCACUGGGUCAACCAUCAUCUACAAAACGCAGGGACAGAAACAAUCAGCAACUUUAGUCAAGACAUAAUGGACUCGAGAGCCUACUUCUACCUGUUGGACCAGAUCGCUUCCUGUGGAAAGCAAUCCAAGAUGAGUAUCAAAAUCGACAUGAGCGGCAUUUAUGAGCCUGAUUUGGAACAGAGGGCUGAGCUGAUGCUGCAGCAGGCGGCCCGGCUGGACUGCAGACAGUUUGUUUCCCCCCACGACGUCACAUCUGGAAACAGCAAGCUCAACCUGGCUUUUGUGGCCUACCUGUACAACAUGCAUCCCACUCUGCAGACAAAUAAGCUUAACACCAACGGCAUAGAGACCGCGCACAUAGUGGGUGAGUCCAAAGAAGAGAAAACAUUCCGCAACUGGAUCAACUCUCUGGGCGUCUCUCCGUAUGUGAACCACCUGUACUGUGACCUGUGUGAUGGUUUGGUGAUUCUGCAGCUUUAUGAGAAAGUUAAUGUCCCUGUUGACUGGAAGAAAGUCAACAACCCCCCUUAUCCUUUCCUGGGGGCAAAAAUGAAAAAGCUGGAGAACUGUAACUACGCCGUGGACGUGGGCAGGAACAUAGCUCAUUUCUCUCUGGUUGGUAUCGGAGGACAAAACAUAAAGGAGGGCAGCCCCAUGCACACCCUGGCACUGAUCUGGCAGCUGAUGAGGAGGUACACAGUGCUGGUGUUGUCAGAUUUGGGCGAUGGAGAAAAGGUUGAAGAUCAUAUCAUCCUCAGCUGGGUCAACAAAACGCUGAGCCAGAAACACAAGGACACAGAGAUCAGAAGCUUCAAGGACAAACUGAUCAGCACCAGUCUGCCAGUGAUUGACCUGAUUGAUGCCAUCGCUCCCGGUACAGUCAAGUGGGACAUGGUGAAGAGAGGAGAGGAGAGAGCAAUGAAGAACGACGAUAAACUCAACAACGCCAAGUACGCAAUCUCACUGGCCCGUAAGAUCGGAGCUCGUGUUUACACGCUGCCCGAUGAUUUGGUGGAGGUGAAUCCCAAGAUGGUGCUGACGCUGUUCGCCUGCCUCAUGGGCCACAGUUUGAAAAAGGCCAGCCGCUGAAAGAAAACCAAAAAACACACACGAACAAGCCUGGGAACCAAAAUAUCAAUAUGAUUCAUUCAAAACAUUUUAUUUCCAUUCUCUCUUUACUCUUUCCAAAUCGUUGUCGUUGACCAUGUUGAGAUCACACAACAGUUUGUAUUCUGCUCAAUUUCAAAAUAAUUUCUCUCCAACAAACCCUCUGCAUUUGUUUAUCUGUGAUUAGGCUUCUUAUUGUUCUUCGCUGAAUCACAUUUAAUACGUCAUGACAUCUUCUUUCUGCUGCAAUACACAUACAUGACCCUCUUCUUUAAGUCUGUUGUGCAUUCAUUGUUGCUAUUUAAUUAUUAAAUGUUUUAAAAAUGUUAUGAGUAUCAUUGUAUAUGUGUGUUACUUGAACCUUUAGAGGUUUAUAACAUAUGUCAGUACAUAAAAACAUAAUUGAUGCCAUGUGUCUGUAAAAUUAGCUCAUACAAAGUUUCUUACACAACAGGCACAGUUCACCUGAAAAUCUAAUCAAUCUCUUGCUUAAUUUUAUUUAAACAGUUUGUUAAUAUGUUGUUCUGCAUUUGGACUGAAUUGUAUUUGUACUAUGUGGUGUGAAAGCUGCCAGUCGAUUUUGGUCAAUAAUGCAAGUUUAAUGACAUUUUUCCCUGUUUGAAUAAAGAAAAAAACAUUUGCUAAUGUCAAUUAAAAAAAUCUCA